AAGUCUUAAUAUUUAUCUAUCGGCAGUGAGUAACGGACGUGUUAAAUAAAUACACAUACACACAUAAUUAUGCAUACGUAUGUACAUUUAUAUUAUGUUUGCAUAUAUACAGUUGCAUAAAUUAAUAUAAUUACAAAAUAUUUACCUAAAUACUAACAUUAAAUGCAAACGAAUUCCAAACAUUGUAUAGCGGACUCCUGGGAUCUGUUUCAAUAUUCCAAUUGUGUGAUAUAAAAUAUGAAAAUAUACUAAAAUUGUAUAUCUUUCAUUUUGUGUGCUCAUAAAAUCGUUAAUUACUAUAUAGUUUUCGAUUAAUUUCAUUGCAGUCCACAAAUCUGAAAACUGUGGCUUAUAUGAAGAUGAUCAUGGCAAUGAUUCUAUAAAAACAGUAACCAUCUGUAGGCAUUGAUGGUGCAUACGAGUGUAACUUUAAUGUUUCGUCAAUGUUUAUAGUACAAUUUAACUAAGAGAAGGGUAUAAAUAGCAAAUGGAUUCAAACAAAUUCUAUUGUCGUAAUACAACGCCUGUUACAUCAACAACAUCAUCAGUGACUUCAAAUGCAGUCGGUGCCACAGCAUCGCAAGAGUAUGUGUCUUGUGAUGCGAAUUUUACUGCAUUCAAUUGCAGAGAAUCUCUUUCUCGCGGUAACAAUAUUGGUGGAAAAUCAUCUCACAACAACGUGCGAGUCAACAGCUGCAGUACAGCAUACGGAAAUGCAAACAGUAAUAACGCAGUUAUGGCUGCAUCUACCGCUGGGUCUGUAGUUUCAAGUAUAAAUAGCAACUCUCACUGCAACAGUUCUAAUGGAUCUGGAAAUUAUAUAAAUGUAAUGUCAGUUCCAAUGGGAACAUUACAAUAUCAUCGACGAAAACUUACACCACAAGAGUAUCAAUCACGAUUGUAUCACAACACUGCCGAUUACAGAUGUCGAGAUGAAUUUUAUUCGGGCAGCAAUGGAACAUCUGCAGUUGGGGGAGGAAAUAGUGGUGUUACAGCUCGUAUUAGUACCGCUUCUCCGUCACACUCAUUGCAAUUACAAGGACAAAACAAUCAUCAACAUCAGCAUCAUAAUCAUCAAACGCAACAUCAACAACAUCAUCACCACCAUCAUCAAAUGUCACAACAACAAGCAUCUCAACAUCACUACCAUCAUUAUAACCAGCAACAAGCAAAUUCUGGAGCUGCCAUCCAACAACUUCAGCAGCAACAUCAACAAAAUAAUAAUACUUGUAGCCCCACUUCAGUCACAGAACCCGGCGACAAUACAUUAAAUUGCAGUUUAGCUUUAGGAAAUGGACGUAUGGUAGCGGCGACGCAAACUCAUCUAAAUAGCAGCUCUGACCAAGUAGGAGCGUCAUCAUUAGCAAUCAGCACACUGCCGUCUCAAGUACCACCAAUAAUGUACACAGUUCAUCGAGUGGUGACCACGGCACAAAUACAAACAGCAGGUGGCAACACAUUUACAUCGUCGUCUAGUGUCUCUAGCGUAGUUAGUGCAGUGCGAAAUGAAAUUGAUAAUAUGGGAAAUGUUUUAACACCGGUAUCCACACCAUCAAAUGGGGGAUGCUUUGUUGCCGGUGAUGUUACUGGUUGCAAUGCUAGUAUUGUUGCCGAUGGAAAUAUGAACUCUAAUGUCACGUCUGGUCAAACGCAUGUGCAUUAUUCUCCAGGCCUCAGUACAAAUGCAACCAACUAUAUGACAAGUCAAUCUAAGGCAGCUGGAUCAACAGAAGUAUCCCGAACAGCAAAUGUGCCUCUGGGAAAUGCUCCAGUAACUUCAACUAGCAGUUCUACAAACGGUAUCAAAACUACAUCUUCCAUUUCUAGACCUCUUCAAAAUGUGAUACCAACCUGUGUGUAUUUAAUGUCACGUGUUGCUGUGCAUAUGGAAAUUGAGGGAACUGCUCAAUGUCCAUCACAGGUGAUGCUAGCUGCUGCUCUUGGCUGUGAAGAAUUGGGAAUAGCAAAUAAAUUAUUAGCACAAAGUAUAUUUGGUCUGUGGAUGACAAGUGCGCUUCUUGAAAUUCAACUUAAAUCACAUCAUCGACCUUAUGUUGUUCGAGUAGCAUGGCCUAAUUUACUGGAAAAGUUUAGUCAUGGAAACCCAAUUGAAAAGAAGUAUGACGAGCCUAUGGUUAUGUUGAAACGAAAUGUUUUUUUCUCCAAGCGAGACGAGGAAAAAAUAAAAGAUCAUCGAAUACUGGAAUUGUUAUAUGAAGAAGCAAAACAUAAUGUAUUAUCCGGACGAUAUAUAAUGGAGUCUGUACAUUCGUUAAUGUUAGGUGGUAUACAAGCUCGCAUCGAAUUGGGUCCCUUUAAUUCACAUACUCAUACGGUUAGUUUUUUUAGAGAAAAUCAAACAAGAUUUUUGCCUCAACAUGUUGCCAAAAAUUCAAGUUGGUCAUGGCUUCCCGUAAGUCGAAAAAAUUCAGCAGAAGUUCGUCUCUUAGAACAGUUCAAACGUGUGCCACAAACUGCAACUACUCGUAAAUUAAUGCGCAAAUAUUUGGAAUUUUGUUGGGCUCUUCCAUUUUAUGGAGCUGCCUUCUUUCAUGGGCAGGUGGAGCAACCAGUACGUGGUCUUAUGAGUUUAGUAAAUCAUAAGGACGUCGAAGUGUUAAUUGCCGUUAAUGAACGUGGAGUUUUCAUUAUUGAUCCCUCGGAAUGUACUCUACUUCUUGGAUUACGAUAUGAGGAUCUAUCAUGGGAUUUUGCUAAGCCCAGUGCCACCGACGAUCCAGAAUGUCAAACAUGCAUAUUUCUUCAGUUUGAUGCGGUGGAAAAUGGAAUACAAAUAUCGAAGUUAAUGCAGAUAUUCUCUAAACAAGCGCCAAUGAUUGAUGCCUUAAUAUCGCACUUUGCAGAAAACAUGAGAAAACGAAAAUUAGAGGGAAAUACAUCAGACCAAUUUCAUGAUGAACCGAAUCCAAUACAAAAUAAUGGCAAUGGAGUGCUAUGUAAUAAGCUAUCACGUCUAACAUUAGCCACGUUUGAUGAAGAGGGGCGAUGCAUUGGACAAAUGGGAUCAUUAUCAAUAAGCUAUUAACAAUUGUUUUAUUUUUGAUUUUCAGUUUUUGUAAUAUAUAAAAUAGAAACCAAUGUAAAUCAGAUUUACUUAAAAAUAAUCAAAUCUGUGUAACUGGAAUAUCAGGUGCAUUUUAUAUCAUUUCAUGGAUUGAAGUUAAACACGUUAGUUUUUUUAUAUUUUGAUAUUCAGAAGCAAAUAAUCUUGGCAUUCUGAUUUUAAUUUGAUUUAAAUAAGUAAUGCAUGGAGUUCGCAUCAAAAUAGGUACAGUGUAUCAUAAAAAAAUAUUUUUGAAACAUUAAGAUACAUUAAAAAAAAAACUUUCAGAGUAAUAUUAAGUUUAACAUCUACAAUGUUAUCAUCCUUUUUAAUAACAACCAACAGUUUAUUGGGAUAUCUAGUGUUGCCGGGAGCUUCAAAAAUAUGAGCCUAAAUCGAAGAUUUAAAAAUAAAAUGUUUAAAUAAGUGAAAAAUAAUAGUCGGUCAUCCCCAAACCACUUUAGUGGAGAGAAUAAAAAAAUAUUUUUCAUUUACUGACCUUAAAGUAUAUAUAUUUUUUGUCGAUGUUAAGCUUUUGCCUACGUCCAAAUAGUUAGACCUCAUUUGACCAUAAACCUUUGCACUUUGCAG